AUGAAGCGCGGGAACGGGUGCCGCUGCUUGGGCGGCGGCACCCUUCCCACGGGCACCGGGGCGGCAGCGUUGCUGUUGGUAGUGGUCGCGUGGUGCGGCGCCGCCUUGGCGCUGCCGCAGGGCCGCCAGCAGCAGCAGCUGUUCCCGAAGAACCUCGGGAAGGACUUACUGGCCGACGGCCUGAAGCCAGAGAUUGGCGCGUCAGUCAUGCUCCUGGGAAAAUUUGACUGGGAGUUGG